UCUUGGGCGCGCUGAUGACGUCAGAGCCGCGCGACACCGGCAGGAGCCGAUAACCGGGUUCUGCGCAUGCGCGCCACGCUCAACACCGGCCUGGCGCUGCGUGCUCUGCGUCCGUGUGCGCCUGCGCCGGCUUAGGCCCCGCCCCCUUUCCGUUCCGCCGUGGCGCUGAGGUGGCCGACUAGGAAAAGAAAUGGAGGCGCUGCCGCUGUGGAGCCUCUCGCUCCUCCUCGGCGGACUCCUCUUCCUCCUCUUCGUCCUGAAAUGGUGGAGGAGCGGCGGCACAGAGGUGGAGGAGGCGGGGCCACGCGGGAAGGGGCGUGACCGAGAGGCGGAGCCAAGCGGCCCGGGAGACGAUGUGAAUGGCGAAGCGUCCGCCAGAGCGUCGUUUAUGAAGAAGCAGAAGCAGCUGCGACUUCGGAAAGAUAAGCCACAGCAGCACACCUUUGCGCAUCCGCUCCUGGCGGCGGCGCUGAAGGGCCACAGCGGGAGCGUCACCUGCCUCGACUUCAGCAGCAACGGGAAAUACCUGGCCUCCUGCUCCGACGACCGGACCGUGCGCAUCUGGAGCACCAAAGACUUCCUGGAGCGGGAGCACCGCUACAUGCGCGCCAACGUGGAGCUGGACCACGCCACCUUCGUCCGCUUCUACCCAGACGCCAGGUGAGGGGCAAUGCCCGCGGAUG